AUGGGAGCCACUCCUUUCCACUCCUCGAUCCUCAAGGUCCGACUUCCGAAGAAUUUCGACAAGCCAACGGACAUGAGGUACGACGGGACUAAGGAUCCCCAGGAGCACCUCACAGCUUUUGAAGCAAGGAUGAAUUUGGAAGGAGUAGGCGACGCGGUCAGAUGCCGAGCAUUCCCUGUGACGCUGGUCGGCCCAGCGAUCCGAUGGUUCAACGUACUCCCAUUCAACGACGAAUGCUUGGAAAUCGACGGCCUUACGGACUCAGUCGCUAGUCUCUGCCUAACGAACGGCCUGCUAAACGAGGACUUUAGGAAGCAGCUCACUACCAAGCCUGUCUGGUCCAUGCAGGAAAUUCAAAGCGUAGCUAAGGAAUACAUCAAUAAUGAGGAGGUGAGUCAGGUUGUAGCAGUCAACAAACGGCAGCUCCCAAACCCCCCAGGUCGACAGGCCCCCCAGGUCGACAGAUACAAGGAAGCUCCCAGGGACGGCACCCUAACCAAGCAAUCCAAGCAACCCCCACGGAUAGGAAGGUUCACAAACUACACGCUACUCACGGCACCCAUAGUGGAGGUUUACCAACAAAUUACAGACAAGGGAAUCCUAUCCAGACCUAGACCAUUGAAAGAAAGAACGGAAGGCAACAAAAGCCUUUACUGCGAUUACCACAAGGGAUUCGGUCACAAAACCCAAGAUUGCUUCGAUCUCAAAGAUGCCUUAGAGCAGGCCAUCAAAGAAGGAAGGCUGAGCGAAUUCUCACGGCUCAUAAGAGAGCCGAGGAGACGGGAACGAGAAUGCUCCGAGGAAGAUCGUAGCCGGACUGUCAAGCCAAGACAAGAACCCAUAGGGGAUGCCAACAACCCCCUAACCUUUGUGGUCAACAUCGUGGUCGGGCGCGACAGCCCUCCUAAAUCCAAGUCGGCAGCAAAAAAGGAUACCCACAUCCUCUUCAUCUCGACAGAAGGUCCCGUCGUCAGCAGAAGACCUCCCACGAUAUCCUUUGGCCCAGAAGAUAAAUGGUUUCACGACCUUCCCGAGAACCCCCAUGGUGGUUACAGCGAUGGUCGGGACAAGGUUAGUCAGACGAAUCCUCGUCGAUACAGGGGCUGA